AUAUUGAAAUCAAUUUUCGAACGCACUCAUUUAGGAUGAAGAUGAAGUGUUCAGGAAGAUGAUUUAGAUUUAAAACCUGAUGCAUAUUAUUUUGCAGCAAGGUAGAUGACGAACGUAGAUGCUAUCUCCGAAGAAUCAUGUUUUAUGUCAUCGGAUUAGGACUUGGUGAUGCGAAGGAUGUCACUGUCAAAGGGCUCGAAAUUAUUAAGAAAUGUGAUCGUGUGUACCUGGAGUCUUAUACGUCUAUUUUAACAGUGCAGCAAGAAGCUUUGGAAGAAUUCUAUGGACGUUCUCUGAUGACAGCUGAUCGUGAAUUAGUGGAGAGUGGUGCAGAUGAUAUAUUGCCAAAGAAUGAAGCUGAAGAUGUUGCUUUUCUAGUUGUAGGAGAUCCUUUUGGUGCUACUACGCAUACAGAUUUAAUUUUGCGUGCAAAGGAGAGAAAUAUAGAGGUAAAAGUUGUACACAAUUCAUCAAUUUUGACUGCAGUUGGUUGCUGUGGCUUGCAAUUAUAUUCAUAUGGAGAAACAAUUUCAAUUCCAUAUUGGACCGACACUUGGCAGCCAGAUAGCUUUUACGAGAAAAUAGCUUCCAACAGACAUAGAGGACUACAUACAUUGUGUCUUUUAGAUAUUAAAGUCAAGGAGCCUACUUUGGAGAGUAUUUUGAAAAAGAAAAAGGAAUAUAUGCCUUCAAGAUUCAUGAGCAUCAAUGAAGCAGCUAAUCAAUUAAUAGCGAUACUUGACAAUAAGAUUCGAGAUGGUCAGAAAGAUUUAGCAUUUACACAUGAGAGCUUAGCAGUGGGUCUAGCACGAGUAGGUUGUGACGACCAAUGCAUUGUUGCUUGUUCUUUACAAGAUAUGACCCAUGUAUCCAUGGGACCACCAUUGCACUGCCUCGUCAUACCAGCUGAGAAACUACAUCCUCUCGAGAUCGAAUUUCUGACACAGUAUGCUCUUGACAAAAGUGAAUUUAAAGAAAUGACACAAUAAAUGCAACUUUUUUAUCUUAUGUUAUCUAAGGUAAAAAGGAAUAAAGUAAAUUAUUUUUUACCCCAGACAGA